GAGUCGGGUUGAGGACAGCCACCGCGCGUCAUGUCGAAGCUGAGCCGGGCCGCUCGGGGCCUGCGGAAGCCGGAGCCCGGCGGCGUGAUCCGGACCAUCGUGCGCGCGGGCCAGGCCAUGGCCGGGCCCCCACUGGGCCCCAUCCUGGGUCAGCGAGGCGUUUCCAUCAACCAGUUCUGCAAGGAGUUCAACGAGAAGACCAAAGACCUCAAAGAGGGCAUUCCUCUGCCCACCAAGAUUUUUGUGAAGCCUGACCGGACAUUUGAGUUCAAGAUUGGCCAACCCACUGUUUCCUACUUUCUGAAAGCGGCUGCUGGGAUUGAGAAGGGGGCCCGGAACACAGGCAAAGAGGUGGCAGGGCUGGUGACCUUGAAGCACGUGUAUGAGAUCGCCCAAGUCAAAGCCCAGGAUGACGCCUUCGCCCUGCAGAACGUGCCCCUUUCCUCGGUGGUCCGUUCCAUAAUCGGCUCUGCGCGUUCCCUGGGCAUCCGAGUGGUGAAGGACCUCAGUUCAGAGGAGCUGGCAGCUUUUCAGAAGGAGCGAGCUGUGUUCCUGGCUGCUCAGAAAGAGGCCGACUUGGCAGCCCAGGAAGAAGCUGCCAAGAAGUGAUCCCACCGGAUCCCCACACUUGGAAGGGAGCCACUGAGCAGGGGGCUGGAGGAAAAGCCGUGCCAAGGAUCAGGAGGGAGGGUGGUCCUGACUACGAGUCCCCUGGCUUUAAAUAUGCAUUUCUACACCCGUGGAUGGAUCGAGGGACCUAGCCUAAAUAAAUGUCCUUUGUCACCCA